AUGGGCGCGGCGUGGGGGCGGCGGGCGCUGCGGGCCGGGCUGGCGCUGGGCGCGCUGGCGCUGGUGCUGCAGGGGCUGCGCGGGUGGCUGGCGGCCAAGCGGUACGAGUUCAGCCCCGCCGAGAUCGCACAGCUCGCCCGGCACCACGCGGGGCUGGACCAUGAGCUGGCUUUCUCCAAGAUCAUUGUGGAGUUGCGAAAGAGGCACCCAGGGCACAUCCUGCCGGACGAGGACCUGCAGUGGGUGUUUGUGAAUGCGGGUGGGUGGAUGGGCUCCAUGUGCCUGCUCCAUGCCUCGCUCACCGAGUACGUGCUGCUCUUCGGGACAGCUGUCGACACCGGGGGACACUCAGGUCGCUACUGGGCAGAUAUUUCUGACACUGUCAUCUCGGGGACAUUCCGGCAAUGGAAGGAGGGGACCACCAAAAGUGAGAUCUACUAUCCAGGCGACACCAUCGUGCACCAGGCGGGAGAGGCCACGUCAGUGCAGUGGAGUGCAGGCACCUGGAUGGUGGAGUACGGCCGGGGCUUCAUCCCCUCCACGCUCGCCUUCGCCCUGGCUGACACCCUCUUCAGCACUCAGGACUUCAUCACCCUCUUCUACACCCUGCGUGUCUACGCAAAGGGGCUGCUCCUGGAAGCAAAUGCCUUCUUCAGCACCUUUGGGUGCUGAGCCCAUCUCACCAGGGCACCCUGCUGAGCCCAGUUGGCUCCUUUCCUCCCAGCCAUUCUCUCUUCCUCCCCGAGCCCAGGUUCUAGCAGAGGCAGCAGGAGAUCCCCUGUGCCUUCCCCAAAUUGUUCUGUCCUUUCCCCACAGGCCAACAGGGUGCCAGGACAGAGGGACCUUGGCAGUCCAGCAACACAGAACAUCCGUUCUCUUUACUACCUGCCUGUCCCUCCUUUUUAUCGGAGUCACGUCCUGCUUUUCCAUCCCUCGGGGCUGGAGUGGUCUUGCAGUGUACAAACACCCCUGUGUGCCCUCAGCAUGCAGCGGGAGAGAAGCUGGAGCUGGCUGUCCCCGGGCCCCAAAAGAUUUCCUCAGCUCCUGAGACAUCAGGGGAACGAUGCUGCCCUCGGGGCAGGGUGCACAGGGUAGGCCAGACCAGAGCACCCAUUGCAGAGGUCGGCCAGUGAGUCCCCCUGUCUCUGGCAGCCUGCCGGGACUGCGGGCAGUGCAGAGUGCUGUGUCCAGCUGGCAGCGUCUCCCGUGGCUCCAUCUCUGCUGAUGAGGGUUGGCAGCACACAGUGACACCCUGGCACAGGGCAGGAUCUGCGCUGAGACCCCCUGGCAGUGAGGGGAUGCCCGGCUUCUGUGCUGGAGAGCCUCCUGCUCCCCUGUGUGUCACCUGCCCUUGGGGAUAGCUGGGGCUGGAAGAGGGUCACUUCCCCCCAGCCUGGCUUCUGUGCUGGAGGGCCCCCUGCUCCCCUGUGUGUCACCUGCCCUUGGGAGUGGCUGGGGCUGGAAGAGGGUCACUUCCCCACAGUGCUCUCCAGGCAGUGCCCCCCAAGGGGGAAACCCACCGUCUGUCGCCUUAAUGGAGACCCCGUUCUGCGUGGCCUCUCGGCUAUGCACGCACCUGGUGUCCUCGAGUGCCCAAAUGUCUGUACUAGCUCAGGAUGGGAUCUCGCCCCUCAAAAUGCUUCCCCUGGCUGUGAGACCCCCUGGGGACAGCCACUCUGCUCGGCUCCCGGCAUGGGAUCCCGGCUGCCGAGAGAGUGCUGUAAUCCUCCAGCUAAACCCAGAUGUGCACCCUGCUUGCACCCCUGUGGUCAGACCCGUGUGAGCUCACUGCUUGGUGGAGGGCUUUCACCUCCAUUCUGCUGCCAAACACACGAGUGUGUUCCUGGCCACCCAGGCCUGUAGCAUGUUGAUUCUCCUGCUCCCCGGACUGUCCCUAUUCUGCUGACCAGCAGCCCUGCACACGGGCUAGUUCUUAAUUUGCUACCUGAAAAGAGAUACCAGUAAUAAAGUUGUUC